UCAGAUGUCACUUGUACAGAAAAUACACCGACACUUCUUUUCCACCAGGUCAGCGCUGUAGUCAGUGAAGACUACACAACAUAACCAGGGUGCAAGUGAGCUGUGGAGUCACACAUCAUGGAAGGGAACACAUUUCUCUUCACAGUCGUAUCAGGAUUGUGUUUCCUACCUGGGGGUUUUCCUCAUCACUACAUCCUGGUUGAAAAGGAAAAAACCUGGACUGAAGCUCAGAGCUACUGCAGGGAGAAGUACACCGACCUGGCCUCAUUACAUAAUGACCAAGACUUGGCCCAGCUCAUUGAACUUACAAGUAGUUAUCAUCAAGUCUGGAUAGGACUGUCACUGCACAAUGGCAACAGCUGGAGGUGGUCACUGAAAAUGGAGGGUUACUAUGGUGAAGGAGAAGCAGAGUUCAGAAACUGGAAGAGUGGUGAACCCAAUAACAUUGGGGGAUAUGAGAACUGUGUUGCAAUGGAUAAUGGAGGGACAUGGGCCGAUGAUAUUUGCAAUCAAACAAAGCCAUUUGUCUGCUACAGAGGUGGUCAGAUCAGAUUAGCUGGGUCUGGGUCUACUAGGUGUUCUGGAAGAGUUGAAAUCUAUUACAAUAAUACCUGGGGAACAGUCUGUGAUGACAGCUGGGACUUAAAUGAUGCUAAGGUGGUGUGCAGACAGUUGGGCUGUGGUCCGGUUCUGAGUGCCCCUCAGUCAGCACACUUUGGUCGAGGAACCGGACCAAUCUGGCUUGAUAAUUUGGGCUGUUCAGGAAGUGAAAGGUCUUUAUUUAAGUGUUCGCACCAAGGAUUUGGGACACACAACUGUGGACACAGUGAGGACGCUGGUGUGGUCUGUUCAGAUGUGCAGAUCAGAUUAACUGGGUCUGGGUCUACUCAGUGCUCUGGAAGAGUUGAAAUGUAUCACAGUGAUACCUGGGGAACAGUCUGUGAUGACAGCUGGGACUUAAAUGAUGCUAAUGUGGUGUGCAGAGAGUUGGGCUGUGGUACGGCUCUGAGUGCCCCUCACUCAGCCCACUUUGGUCAAGGAACUGGACAAAUCUGGCUUGAUGAUGUGGCCUGUUCAGGAAGUGAAGGGUCUCUAACUGAGUGUCAGCAUGGAAGAUUUGGGACACACAACUGUGGACACGGUGAAGACGCUGGUGUGGUCUGUUCAGACUUCGUCUUUGUGAAUGAGUCCAAGACCUGGACUGAGGCCCAGAGCUACUGCAGGGAGCACUACACUGACCUGGCCAGUGUGAGGAACCAAACUGAGAACGAACAGAUAACUGGGGGCAGAGACCUGUGGAUCGGCCUCUACAGAGACUCAUGGAAAUGGUCGGAUGGGAGCGCACAUUCAUUCAGUAACUGGAAUACUGAUACAAAUCAACCAAAUGGUGGUUUACUUGAACCAUGUGUGACUUCGUAUUCUGGCAAAUGGGAGGAAUGGCCUUGCAGCACUCGUUGGUUCUUUGUCUGUUACGAUGUGCCAGUGAAGAAGCAGGUAGUGCGGGUGGUUCUGACUAAUACAGGCACCUCGAGGGACCUGGAAGAGAUGGAGAAAGUCGUCUUACAGAAGAUUAAUCAGAGACUGAAGGACCAUGGCGUGAGUGAAGACGUCAAGCUGAGAUGGAUGAGGCAGGCUGAUGGAAAGAUAUUCCACAAGGUCGAAGAAGAGGAAGAGGAGGAGGGCUGCACCACCAACUCAUGAGUUUAUUUUCCAUAAUUGCCUACAAUAGCUUUUCAUAUGAAAAUGAUUUAGUUUCAGUAGAGCUGUUGUUUUUGUUUGUUAUCUAGACUAUGUUCAGCCUACAUUUUUGACAUUAUACUACAUUUAAUUUCUGAACUAAAUUGAUGGUGUUUUUAAUGCAGUUUUGUUUCCAGGGUUUGCUGUUAUUUAAUACAUCUGUUUUCAGCUAGAGAUGUUUUUCUUCAUAGAAUGAAUGUGAGGUUGUUGUAUCCAUUUGUUGUUGGAAGAGUAUGAGGCAUGACUUGUUAAAAGAAAUUACAUUAUUAAAAUUAAUA